UCGACACCUGCGGGAUCGUCAUGACACCCGAGUUGCCGAUUCGACCCUCCAGCAUCGGGGAGUGUGACAGGAUACGAGAGACGGAGUUGCCCAGUAUGCGUAGUCGACAUCUGCCUGGAAUGCUACCCCCGCACAUAUAAUAAGCCGUUGAAGGACCGAGGACAUCGUCAUGACUCCCCCAGUACUUCUCGUGGACGCCGACUCAUCCAGCAUAUUCCCAAGAGCGAGCAACAAGAACCUGAAUCACGAACAUCCACCAUGGCCCCUUCAGCAGUUGAUAUUAGCACUCCCGAGCCAGUCUCCAAGUCGCAAAGCCGUGAGCCCCUGAAUCUUUCCGGAGCAUUGGACCAGUAUGAGUCCUUCGACGUCACGCCCGUCAUCGGGCGAGAGUUUCCGACGGCGAAGCUCGUUGACUGGCUCGACUCCCCAGACUCGGACAGUCUGUUGAGGGAUUUGGCCAUCACCAUCUCCCAGCGGGGUGUGGUCUUCUUCCGCGCCCAGGACGGCCUCACCAAUGACCUCCAGAAGAAGCUGAUCCUGCGGUUGGGUGAAGUCACUGGCAGGCCCGCAACAUCUGGCCUUCACAUUCACCCCAUCCUGAACUCGGAGCGCGAAGGAGGAGGGAGCGAUCCCGAAAUCAGCACCAUCAGCUCGGUGCAGUUUGGCAAGUUCUACCGCGAGACCGCCACGGAUGAGCUCAGCCCCAAGAAGCAGAGCAGGGCGCAAUGGCAUAGUGAUAUUGCCUUCGAGCCCGUGCCAGCGGACUACACGUCUCUGAGACUCACGGAGCUACCGAAGACGGGAGGAGAUACGCUCUGGGCGUCUGGCUACGAGAUCUACGAUAUCAUCAGCGAGCCGUAUCAGAGAUUCCUCGAAACCCUGUCCGCCACCUUCGAGCAGCCGGGGUUCCACAAGGUUGCUGAGCGCUCCGGGUUCAAGCUCUACGACAAACCCCGAGGCGCCCCCGAGAAUGUGGGCACGGAGCUGAAGGCCGUCCACCCUAUCGUCCGCACGAAUCCGGUUACGGGAUGGAAAAGCAUCUUCCCCGUUGGCGGCCACGUGAAGCACAUCAACGGCCUGGCCGAGGACGAGAGCAAGAAGUUGCUCGCCUGGUUCCUGGACUUGGUCUACAAGAACCACGACUUGCAGGUUCGGUUCAAGUGGCAGAACCCGAAUGAUAUUGCCAUCUGGGACAACCGCAGCGUCUUCCACACGGCCACGUUCGACUACGAGGGCUAUGGCGAGCGGUUCGGGAACAGGGCUGUGGGACUGGGCGAGCGCCCGUAUCUCGAUCCCAAGAGCACUUCUCGCCGGGCUGCGUUGGGUCAAGAGAUUCCCAAGUGAAAGAGUGACGUCGAUGCAGUCAGUUAAUGUAACAUUGCAUUUUGUCUCCUGAUUCAAAUCCUUGAGUGCUCUUCGUGUGUAAUCAGUCCGAGCCUCUUCAGAAGUUGAUCUCCGCCCAAUUGAAAGUCAAACCGUAACUCACUUUUAGAAUCACGGGCAGACACACUUGCCCAUGAGUGCGUCAAAUUCACUUUCAGGCAGGGCUGGGGGUUGGGGCGUUUGUUUAAGUGAGCUCCGAACGGAAGUCUGUCAUACUCAAGUCGCAAGAAAGAUUCAUGCACCAGCGUCAUCGCUUAUGCGCUGCAAAGUAGUUACGGAAGAUUUGGCAUGAUCUCAUUUAUAUUCAAC